AUGGCUAUGAAUGAUGAAUUUGAUGCUCUUAUUAAAAAUAAGACGUGGGAGUUGGUGCCCCGUCCACCUAAUGUGAAUGUUAUUCGUUACAUGUGGAUUUUCACUCAUAAAGAAAAAUCUAAUGGUGACUUUGAGAGGCAUAAAGCCGUCUUGCCCCGAGCAUGGUACAAGUGUUUUGCGGAUUAUGUCUCUUCUCUUGGUUUUCAAACAGCAGAUCGACAAUUCUUUGUUCAUCUACAAAAGGGGUCCGAGAUGGCAUACAUGCUACUUUAUGUUGAUGAUAUUAUUCUUCUUGCUUCCUCGAUUCUCUCCGAUGCUCCGUUAUGGCUCUUAACCUCGGAAUUUGCUAUGAAGGAUCUGGGUCCUUUGAAUUAUUUCCUUGGCAUUCAUGUCACUAGACAUAAGGAUGGCAUGUUUCUGUCGCAACGCAAGUAUGCCGAAGAAAUCAUUGAUCGAGCUGGGAUGUCUUCUUGUAAGGCUACUUCUACUCCGGUUGAUACCAAACUGAAGGUGAGCAGCACAUCGGGUGCUCCAUAUGAUGACCCGACUCACUAUCGCAGUCUCGCAGGUGCACUUCAGUAUCUUACUUUCACUUGGCCGGAUAUCUCUUAUGCUGUUCAACAGGUAUGCUUACACAUGCAUGCACAGCGCGAGGUUCAUAUGCAUGCACUUAAGCGUAUCAUCCGUUACAUUCAGGGUACAACUUGA